AUGAUCAGCAACGCCUCAGAUCGAGUGACACCACGGCCUGGCGAGCUUCCAGAUGCCAAACGGGACGCUCUAAGGGCCUUCGAAGUUUUGAAAAAGGGCGGCGUUAUAAUCGCCCCAACCGACGUCGGAUACGGCAUGAUGGCCGCAACCACCGAUGCAAUCGAGCGUAUCUUUAUCGCCAAGAAGCGUAAAGCAGGGCAUUCCAUGGGUGUCAUCGGAACAUACGACCUUCUCACGCGACUAUAUGAUGUUCCAGAUGACAAAUACACCAUCGUUCGAACAUUCACAGAAGAAUUAGGAUUGACGGUUGCGUUCAUCGGAAAGUUAAAAGAGUCGGCGACUGAGCUCAUCCCGAAUGUUGACCGGGUUGUCAAGAACGGUACUCUAGGUUUCGCCAUCGGCGAAGGCCCUUUCUCACGGGAACUUGCGCGUCUCAACGAUGAGAACGGUUUAGUAAUAGUUGGCAGCAGUGCCAACCUGACGGAUCAGGGGCAGAAAUUUCGAGUGGAGGACAUUGAGCCGGAGAUUAUUGAAGCAGCAGAUUUGGUUGUUAAUUACGGUCGGCAGAAGUGGCAUCUGUAUGGGAGGGCCGGGACUAUCUUGGACUUGAAUAAUGAACGUGUCUUGAGAAUCGGGGCAAACUAUGAGAAUAUAAGGGAGAAGCUGAUUGAUUUGUUUGGAUGGACUGUUCCUGAAGAUAUGGACUAUGAUAUGACCGGGAAGAAGACGGUUGGCUUCUCAAUCAAGGCUGGUUCUGAUAGCUGA